AUGCAUCCGGCGAGGACCUUGACACCCCAAGCCGAGGGUAGAAAAGCCGAAGAACUCGGAGGAAACGGAAUCAGUCGGCUGUCACGCAUCCCCCUUCAUCCUCCUUCAUCCCCCUUCAUCCCCCUUCGUCGCCACUCCGUUCUCACCAUGAGGCUCCGUUUGUUGCUGGCGAUCGCGAUGGCGGCGCUCGUCGACGAGGGCUUCGUCGAAGGUCACGAAAACAGACUCCCUCGAUGCCCGGAGAAGAUCUCGAAGAAGCGCUCGAUCGAUUGCGAACGAAGCCAGGAUUGCCGUCUCGGGGAGACGUGCUGCUCGUACGGAUACGGGACCUACUGCGCGUACUUGGACCAGGACUACGACUACGACAACUACGGCGUGACGUGCGGACGGCACGGGUGUCGACGCAGGGAGAAGUGCGUCCACGCCGAGACGGAAGGAUGCUUCGGGGCCAGGAGCUGCCGGGCGAGGGAUGUCUGCGUGCCCAGGGGGGUCGCGACGUGCGAGACCGUGAGAUGCACCAGGAACCGGGAGUGCGUGAACGAGGUGAAUAACGGAUGCGGAUACGGGAAAUAUUGCGAGGUCCGGGUGAGAUGCAUCCGGCGAGACAGCCAUCACCAUCAUCCUCAGGAUCGCUCCAUCCAAUAUGGUAGGAAUGGAAAGGCCAUGACCAUCACCGAGCAUGGAGUGGAUGGAGCCUGUGGCCAGGAAUCCAAGUGCCACACAUACUAUCAGCUGGAUUGGUAA